GGUUUUUGUGUCAAACGUUAAAAAAAAAAUAAGAAACGAAGGGGCUACGUGUCGAGACGCAUACGAGAAUCCGAAACGUUCUUUUCUGAAACCAAAAGAAGGACAAAAAAUAUCUUACAAGAACACAUGUCUUCAGACUGCAGUUUAUUUGUUGUUGAGAAACGUGGCAGUUCUCCGAAGUAAUCUUCUAAACUAAGAAGAGACACAAUCUGAAUCACACAAACAAAGCAGUCGCAUGAAAGCAAGAGCCCCCCAAGGAUCCCUUCCAUCAGCAAGACUUUUUUAGUUUGCUUGAAAAUGGUCAAAGUCGUGGUCGAGUUUUCCAUAUCGUUCCUUUUUUUUUCCAGGGAAAUUAAAUUAGUACGCGAGAGCUUCUCUAUAUUUCGAUUAAUGGGCUACAAGUGGGCCUUAUGAAGCCUAUAUGUUUCUCUUCCACGAAUUGAAUGGGCUUAUAAGAGUGGUUGGAUCACGUGGAUUGGAUUUUUUUGUUGUUGUUGUAUACUCUCUGGUUGAUCUUGUUUUUGAUGCGGUGGAAGAAGCUGAGGAUCGAAAUCAAACUUCACAUUGGAAACCACCUCCGCCAGGCUGGUUAAAGUGUAACCUCGGAAUCUCUAGAGGUCAAAGGAACAUGAUAUCAGGUGCUGCAUGGGUUUUGAGAGAUGAGUUUGGUCGGGUGCUUAUUCAUAGUAGAAAAGCUCACAUGGGAUUUUUGGUUAAAGAUGAAGCAGAUAUGCACGGUUUCCUUUGGUCGGUUCAAAGCAUGAUAAGUCACAAGGUUACGAAAAUCAUUUUUGCUUUUGAAUCAGAUGCGCUUGUUGGGGUGAUCUUAAGACCUAAAGCAUGGCCCUCUUUUGCUCAUCAACAAGCAGAAAUGUUGCUGCAACUAGCUACAAUUCAAGAUUGGAGAGUACAGCUAGAGAAACCAUCUGAAAACAGAAGAGCUUCUCUCAUUGCUCAAAGUGUUCCAGAUUAUGCCUUGUUGCAAUCUUAUGUAGCUACUGGUUUUCCAUUAUGGUUACAUGAACUCUUUGAACAUGAGAGACUCUCUUCCUCUUUUUAAUACUUGGUUUCUAUCUCCCUUUUGGCUAAAAUGUUUAGAGCCUAUUUUUAGGAGAGAUAAGUUGAUUAUGUGUAAUCACUUUCCCUUAGUAACUUUUGAUUAGACUACAAAGUUGCUUCUUGUAAUCCUUUCAUAUAUGAAUGGAAAACCCAGAUGACAAAAAAAAAAAACGGAACUUUUGUGAAAAAAAGGAAAUAAA